AUGCCGCCUCACAAUGAGACCGAACACUCGGUCAGCAGGGUUACUCGAGAAGGCAAACAGCUCACGUACAAAUUGAGCGUGAUGCAGCAGCCAGAGCGAGCCAGAGCCUGUGGCGCAGGAGCAAAGUCAUCUGCCGACCGUCGCCCUGUUGAUCCUCCGCCCGUUGUCGAGCUGCGUAUCUUCGAGUCCGAUCCCAACAAUGAAGCCCACCAGACAGACAUUACUUUUGCCUACAAUGCGAACUUCUUCCUCUACGCAACCUUGGACACUGCACGUCCUAUCGCCCACGGGCGGGUAUCUGGACCACCAUCGUGCCCAGUCUUGACAGGUGUGCCAGUCGCCGGCAUCGCGUACCUCGACCGUCCCUCGCAAGCAGGUUACUUCAUCUUCCCGGAUUUGUCAGUGCGCCAUGAAGGCCGGUAUCGUUUGAACUUUCACCUAUAUGAAGAGAUCAAGGACGCCAAAGAUACCGAUAGAGACUCGAAUCUCCCUCUGCCUAACCAAGUUGCUCCUGUCGGCGGAGCGAAGCAAGAUUCGCCGCAUGCAUUCCUGCAUUUCCGUCUCGAGGUCAAGUCAGUACCAUUCACAGUCUACAGUGCGAAAAAGUUCCCGGGCCUGGCAACUAGCACCUCCUUAAGCCGCAUCAUUGCCGAGCAGGGUUGCCGUGUUCGUAUUCGCCGUGAUGUGCGCAUGAGACGCCGGGGAGACAAGCGAGAGGAAGAUUACGAAUUCGACGAAGAACGCACCGGUGUAUAUGCACGACCUACAGAUCGAUUCUCGACACCUGAUCGUUACGCUGCUGCGAUGGACCGUCCUCGAUCAAAUAGCAACGGCAGCGUGGUUGAAUCGCCAUAUGGGUUUGUUCCACCGGAUCGACGACCCUCUGCGCCAGAUUAUGGCUUCCAGUGCCCGCAACCAUAUCAGCGACCUAUGCCACCCGCACCUAUGUCCCACUCCCAAACACCUUCAUAUCAGUCACACCUUUCAUUCGGCUCUACACCAACUCAUUACCCGGCUCCGCACAUGCCUCCUACACCUCCGCCAGUUGUACCAGCAGGAAUGUAUUCUCCGCAACAUACAUAUGCGCAAAUUCGACACCCAUCAAAUGCCUCAGAGUAUGAAGGGACGCCCGGUGGGUAUCCCAUGGCACCUCGAAUGCCCGAGCAACGAAUGGGCUAUCCUAAGCCGUCUGUGACUUCUUACCACAUAGAACCGCCUAAAGCACAACCGUACAUGGACCCUCGCAUGGAACCGCCAAAAGCACAACCUUACAUGGAUCCCCGCAUGGAAACUCGCAUGCCCGACCCCAAUCUCUACCACCCAAUGCCACAAGCAGCAGUGUCACGCACUCAAACCCCGAGCAUGGUAUCAGCAUUGGCGCCUCUGAAGGCCCCACCCAACGAAUUUACCAACCAGGUUGUUCCCUCUGUAGAAUGCACGUCUCCAAGCCCAGGAUACGACAACGUUUCGGGGAAGCGCAUGCUGUACCAGACUGGUCCAGCAUACGGAAAACGGUCCCAUGAAGAUUCCUUUGGCCUUGAUGAACGUUCGAUGCAGAAUGGUAUGCGGCCAGAUGCUGAGCCUUACCCUGCUGCCGUCUAUCGCGAUUACGCUGCAGAGAGUCGGGCUGCAUUGAUGGCUGAAAUGGGCAUCGAAAUGUCAUACAAGCGUGCCAACGGCAGAACUGUACAGAAAGCCCCUCCGCCAACUUGA